GUGGCUUAACAACAACUUACAUGUUUAAGUCCAAUAUUUUAGCGAUGUUUUACCGGUGCCGAGGUGCCAUCUGUUCGCCUCACAUUGCCUUGAAGCAGACAACCUAAUAAUAUACAACGUUUCCAAAAAGUUGAGUUUAUUGAUUCAUUACUGUCUUAAAAUGUCAUCAUCACAGCGUUUUUCCGGAUACCCGCUUGCUAAAGAAGGCCCAGAUACAGCGUAUAUUCCAGCCCAGGAUAAGAACCCUCCACUUAGAGGCUUGACUUUAGUUAUUGCAGCGAAACUCCUCAACUAUUUCCCAUCGCUAGCUAAAGCUUCGUGGAAAAACGCCAAGCUCGGUUGUCUCAAAGAUAUACCAGAGCUAGAUCCGUACGAUUGGCAUCUUCAACCCAUUGUCACUCCGCUUAUAGCCGAUGGCGUCGUACAGACCAAGGCCGAAAUCACGCCUGAUCUAUAUGAACGGCAUCCAGACGAUAUAGCUGGCCGUUUCUUUUCUGCUGCUGAUUAUCAUGAGCUCUUCAAAUCUGGGAAAUUGACUCCGCUCCAUGUGGCGAAGGCCAUUCUCCCACUCAUUACCAAAGGCCAGAAUCCGCCAGCCAAAUAUGAGUCGGCCUGGUCUGUGGUAAAAGAAGAUCUCGUACUGGAAGCAGCCAAAAAGUCGACGGAACGCUAUGCUGCCGGUCAGCCUUUAAGUGUUCUCGACGGAGUCCCGAUAGGAGUUAAGGAUGAUACUGACGUUGAAGGAUAUAUAUCCCAUGUGGGACGACCCUUCGACCCAUCGGACCCCUUCUUCCAACCGGCAACCAGCACUAUUUGGCCGGUUGCACAAUUAGUUGCUUCCGGUGCUAUCAUUAUCGGCAAGCAGGUCAUGCACGAGCUCGGUUCGGAUGUCAGUGGAUGUAAUCCACAUUGGGGAACUCCUAUCAAUUGGAACAAUAAAUCGUAUUACCCGGGCGGUUCGUCGUCUGGUGGAGGGUCGGCCAUCUCGUCUGGACUGGUCCCUAUUUCGAUUGGUACCGAUGCAGGGGGGAGUAUCCGUGUCCCUGCCUCGUUCAACGGUGCGUACGGAUUGAAACCCACCCUGCAUCGUACCUACACAAUGAGGUCCUCUAUCUGUGCCAUCGGCCCCCUGGCCGCAACGGCAAAGGACUUGACCAUCGCCUAUCGUCUCAUGACGGCACCUAACCCGGAAGAUCCAAUACAGGGCGCUUUCGCGUUAUCAGUUCCGCCAAGCCCAUCGGCGAAGAAAACGAUUGGCAUCUAUCAUGAGUGGUUCAACCAAGCCUCUCCUGAUGUACUUGAUGCUGCCAAGAAAGCAAUCGCCUAUUUCAAGGAGAAACUGGGUUACGAGGUUGUCGAUAUCAAAAUCCCCUACGUACAAGAAGCCCAGUACGCUCACGGCGCAUGGGCGCUCACCGAGGCCAUCAGCAACCACACCUCGCACGCCGUGGACAAAACCCGUCCGUUCGCGGGUCUCAACAGCUGCAACCAGCUCCUCCUGGCCAUGGCCUCGUGCACGUCGGCAACCGAUCUGCUCCGGUACGGGCAGAUGCGCGGGCUGCUCAUGGGGCACCUCGCGUUCCUGUGGAAGAAAUACCCGGGCCUGCUGGUGCUCACGCCGACCGUGCCCGAGGCCGGCUGGCCGAUCCACCCGGGCGACCAGGCGUACGGGUUCAGCGACGGCAACUUGACGAUGCGCAACAUGAUGUACAUCUGGCUAGCGAACUCGACGGGUUGCCCCGCCGUCACCGCGCCCGUCGGCUACGUCGACCCGGACCAGGGCGAGGGCAAGCUGCCGGUCGGCCUCAUGGCCAUGGGGGAGUGGGGCGCCGAGGAGCAGCUGCUAGCUUGGGCUACGGAGGCCGAGACGUACGUGAAUGAGGUUUAUGAGGGAGGCAGGUAUAGGCCGCAGGAGUGGGCCGAUGUUGUUGAGCUUGGUAAGGCUGUGGAGUGAUGCCUACCUAGGUUCGGGACUUGACUUGCAGUGGAGGAACUACUAUGUACGAUUAUGGCAGAUACCUCUCAAUUCUUUGGUUUAAAUCCUCUCUUAGGGGUUUCGUUCUGUACAUAACUGAUGACAAGUAUGUGUGUUGGCUAUUUAAAGAAAAGAUUAUUAUUUUUUUAUCAAA